AUGACAGGAAACGAUUUCCUCCAGCGAGACGAGAGAAACUUCAGUGUCAUCUGCGGACACUGUUCAGCUCGUGGCCAUGCGUUGAUCGAUUGCAUUUGGCCAGGUCCGUUCGGCGACAUUGACGGAUGCCCCAUAUGUAACACAACAGAGCACAGGUUUGACAAUUGCCAAGUAUUCCAGGUGACUCGUUAUAAUUUAAUGCGGCUGGACUUACUUCAUCAUAUCUUGGUUGUCCGACGCGCUAACAGACCACCAAUUCUGACCAGGCUUGUCUGGACCGACAUUGCGCGCGCCUAUGUGAAGCAUCAUGAGGGCAAAUACAAACAGAAUCCAGUGGGUUAUCCCUGGACCAAGUCAUUUGCCAUGGAGAUCUGGAAGAACACAUUCAAAGAUGCCAAUAAGCAAUUCUGGCUCACAUACGACUACUCCAAGGAUUCCGAAAACCAGAGUCGCCUCCAGGUGGACCCAGUGACUAAAGAUUGGCAGACCGCCCUUCAGAACGAGGAACUGAUCCUGGAAGACCAAAAGCAGCAUGGAUGGAAUGCUGUGAAGUAUGUUCACCGCUAG